UGAUAGCAGAUAACAGAUAGCAGAUAAACCCAAGAGGUCUGCUCUGAACCAACUCACCAGGACCCUCCUGCGUAAAUACAACUGUGGAGUCAAACCUGUUCAGAACUGGACCAGUCCCACGCUCAUCCACAUAGACCUCAUAAUGCAGUCUGUGCUUGAUGUGGAUGGAAAGACCCAGCAAGUAACCACAAGCAUUUGGUACAGGCAGAUCUGGACUGAGGAGUUCUUGGUGUGGGAUCCCGAGGAGUUCACUGAGAUCUCUCUGCCCUCUGACGCUAUAUGGUUGCCCGAUCUCAUCAUCAGUGAAUUUGUGGAUGUAGGGGAGUCCCCUGCCAUCCCCUAUGUGUAUGUCAACUCAUCGGGGAUGGUGAAAAACAACAAGCCUAUCCAGGUGGUGUCUGCGUGUGACUUGGAGUUGUACGCCUUCCCCUUUGACAAGCAGAGCUGCACUCUGACCUUCCGCAGCUGGCUUCACUCAGUGAGUGAGGUGAACCUGACUCUGUGGAGGAGUGCGGAGGACAUCGCCAAUGAUCAGAAGUCGUUUAUGGACGAUGGCGAGUGGGAGCUGAUGUCUGUGCCCUCCCGCUACUGGCAGCUCCGGCUGGAUGGCAGAGACUAUGCCCACAUCCAGUUCAACGUGUUGAUCCGCCGGCGCCCCCUGCUGUACGUGGUGAGUCUGCUCAUCCCCAGCAUCUUCCUCAGCUUCUACUUGCCGCACAACAGUAGCACGCGCAUCACCUUCAAGACCAGCAUCCUCCUGGGCUACACUGUCUUCAGGGUAAACCUGAUGGACGAGAUGCCUGCCACCACCAUCAGAACACCACUCAUAGGUGUGUUCUUUGUGGUGUGCAUGGCGUUGCUGGUGCUGAAUCUAGCCAUCUCCAUAUUUGUAGUGAAGCUCCUCCACCACAAUGAGAAGGAGGUCAAGGAGAUGUCAGUGUCCGCCUGUCUCCUCGAUAAGAACGGCUCGUCCAGCCAGACCUUCCUCGAGAGCAACUUCACCUCUGUCAAAACACUAAAUGAUGUGGAUCAGUGUGGUGGUGAGAGGGGACCUGUGUUGUUUGGAUGCUUUGUAUUUCUUAGUCAAAGGACACAAGAGUUUGACUAGGUAUUAGGACCAAACAUUUAGCAGGUGGUGGUUUUCCUAACUUUCCACAGAUUUAUUUACCUCAGAUUUCUUAUUCUAUUUGAUAUGUAAUGGCCAGCUCUGACUCAUUUUCAUGUUGACAACACCUCUAUGUUGCUCUGUAUUAACAUCAAAACGAUCAGAGAGAAAAUACCCCUUUACAGUAUGUCUAGACAUACUAGUGGUAAGAAAAAGUAUGUGAACCCUUUGGAAUUACCUGGACUUCUGCAUAAAUUGGUUAUACAAUGUGUUCUGAUCUUCAUCACCUAACUUCUGUUGAGCUUCAAUUGGCGGACAGAUAGCCUUACAUUCUC